CAUUGACGCAAUGUAAAUCGAAGGUCACAUUGAUACACAAAAAACGAUGGCAUUAUCUGAAUCCCAAAUACCACCCGACGCCCAGCAUUAUUUGGUGUGUGGCACUGAAGACUGUGAGAAGAACUGCCAGCUUUACUGCAAUGACUGUCACCUACCAAUGUGUGAACAGUGCAGAGAUGAACAUCAGAAGAAUAAGAAAACCAAGAACCAUGAAGUGGUCCCUUAUAAGCUACGCAAACGUCAACUUCCUGUGGAGAAAUGCAAGAUCCACCCCACAAGACAAAUAGAGUUUCUCUGUGAAGAAUGCCAGAUUCCCAUUUGUUCUAAAUGCACAGCAACAAAAGAACAUCGCGGCCAUGUGUUUACCGACCUAGAAGUUGUCUUUGCUGAAAAGUGUUCCUUUUGUUACGAAGAAAUAGCCAACAUUCGAAAAUAUUUUGAGCCUACUUCUCAAGAAUUAAAAAAAGAAAUUUCUGAAGAUGUCACAAAAAUAAAGAAGAUCAUGGAAGACAUAAGAACAUCCAUGAAGGCUGAAGCUGACGCUGUGAAAAAACUGGUAGACACAGUCACAUCAGGUAAAAUAAAACAAGUCGAGAAAGUAGAACAGUCAUUAUCAAAAACAUUAAACGACCAAAACCAAACAAUUGAUGAUCACAUCAACUAUCUCAAUGAUUUAGUCAAAACAUUUUAUGGCUACCUAUCUCCCUCGGACAUUAAAAAUUUAACAUUUGUUCUUAAAUCUGAAAAAAUACUGAUAAAACCAAUACCAGAGACAUCCAAACCAGUCCCACCUGUAUUUACUGCUGGUCAACAUAGCAAGGAAGAUUUCGCCAAACUACUGGGUAGAAUAACUGUCCCUAACACUAAACAAGAGAACAGAAAAAUAAAACCCAUGGAGACUGCCUCUACACAGUUGAAACCUACAGGGAAACAGAGAAAACAAGACAGAGAGAAAUCUGACGUGAAACAAACACUGUCUCUGUCUUCUUCUGUCACCAAGGUCAGGGAGUACACAGUACCAGGUGUUAGACGUGUAUAUCAUAUGUCACUGGGUAAAUCAGGCAGACUUUGGGUCAGUGAUAGUGAAGGUAACUUUGUCCAAACAGAUCUAGAUGGGGAUCAGCUACAGACGAUACAAACCAGUGGUGGAUGGGAAGGCUACCACACAGUCACACAGGACGGGGAUCUGAUUUAUACAGACCAAGACAACAAAGUCAUCAAUAGAAUAACACCGGGAAAUACAAUCACUGAAUUCAUUAAAACAGGAGAAUGGGUACCACUCAGUAUACACUCUUCCCACAUCAACGGGGACCUACUGGUGGGGAUGACGAAGGCUGGAGAGGCUAAAGUCACGAGGUACAAGAAGACAGGGACAGAAAUACAGAACAUACAGACAGACAACAAAGGACAGACACUGUAUGAUCUACCACUCUACAUCACAGAAAAUAUCAAUGGUGAUGUCGGUGUAUCAGACUAUUACAAUGAUGCUGUAGUGGUGGUGGAUAAAUCAGGACAACACAGGUUCUCCUACACAGGUCAGAGGUCAGGGUUUACUCCACAGGGAAUAUGUACUGAUGUACUCGGUCACAUCCUGGUGUGUGAUGGUAUCAGUAACACAGUUCAUCUUCUGGAUCAGGACGGUCAGUUCUUGUCUCUUCUACGCACACCACAACAAGGAGUGGAAAACAUGUAUCCCCGUAGUGUGUGUGUGGAUGAUGAACAAUAUAUGUGGGUUGGAGAACUUGACAACAUAGUGAAAGUGUAUAAGUAUCUAAAGUGAACAGUGUAUAUAUGUAUUUAAUAGUUGGUAGACUAUUUAUAAUAUAGUAGGAUAUUUCAUAGUAUCAAUAUUACUAACAUUAUAUUAAAUUUGACAGAAAGUACAUCCAUUUGCAACUAUCUUUUUGAUUUAAUUUUUAGUUUAUGCAGUAAGAAAGUCUUCUCUAUGGUUUUAAUAAGUUUAAAUGUGCAUGCUCAUCACAUGCAGUAAUGUUAUGGAUGUAUGAUUUACAGGUACAACUAAAAUAUAUUAUCGUAGUUAUGGUCACGUAACAGAAAUGCUUUAAGUACUAAUGCCUGAAAUAAACAACUAGGUAUUAGUGAGUUAAAAAUUACAUUACUUACCAUUGUAAAUUAUAUUUCAAUACAAUCCACAGAUUUGUAAUCUAACACAAAUAAACAAUCAAUUUGUGACGGUCGGACAGGUUCGAAUACCGGGCACCAUAUUAUAGUUCAGUUGGUACAAUGUAGAGCACUUGACUAGAGAAUCAAGAGGCCCCGGUUUGAACCCCGCUGUAGUCCGUCAUUAUUUCUCCCAUCCUUUAAUAUUUGUUGCCGAUACCAACGACUGGAACUAAUAGGUGAACUCCUACCAGGG